GAAAAAAAGUUCCUUCACUCGAGACCGAGCGACGGCUUCGUCAAAUUUUCCAUUGAUAACGUUCAACAGUAUCACUUUUCCUCAUUCAUUACGGAAAAGAUACUACCCCAAGAAAUCAGGGUCGCAUUAAUAUCUUGCUUCUUGAAUUAAUCACCCGUUGCUGAAUCCCAUCAUCGUCGAAUCCCUGCACGCGACCGCUUAACAUCUACUGCGCUUCACAUCAAAACCUACUCAUAAUGUCAACAAAACGCAAAGCGCCGGUCAAGCUGGCCGCUCCCGUCGCUAGAACCAGCGCUCGAAUUCCCAACAAGUCCAUCAUUGACGAGUCAAAAGCCUCCAUCGCCGGACCCGACGCCCUCCAGCCCUCACAGGUUGAGACCAUUGAGAUCUCGUCCGAUAACGACAGCGACGAAGAUAUCUCCGAUGCUGAGAGCCCAGAGGAGGAACAGGCCGCUCAGGAAACUGCUGUGACAAACACCCGCCAAAAGGUCGCUAAGCAAAAGACCAAUGGCCAGUCUAACGACGAGGAAUCAGACGCUGAGGGAACAUCGCCUUCUUUCGGAGAGCUUCUCCGUGCAGAGAACGAUAUCAUUGAUGUGCCCUCCGCACUCAACGGCGCAGUCGUCUCCCAGCCUUCGCGAAAUGCCAUUGUGCCCCCGACACACCAGUCCCUUACCACCGUUCUCUCUCAGGCCCUCCGUACCGACGACACAGACCUCCUCGAGUCGUGUCUGCACACCACCGAUCUUCCCACUAUCCGCAACACCAUUGAGCGCCUCGACAGCGCUUUAGCCGGCACUCUUCUUACCAAGCUCGCCGCUCGCUUGUACCGCCGCCCUGGUCGCGCCGGAAACCUUAUGACUUGGGUCCAGUGGACACUAGUCGCUCACGGUGGUGCCCUCGCAUCUCAGCCCAAGGUUAUCCACAGUCUGAGUGGCCUGCAAAAGGUUCUCGCUGAGCGCGCCAAGGGACUGUCAAGUCUUCUCGCCCUCAAGGGUAAGCUCGAUAUGCUCGAGGGUCAAAUGGAUCUUCGUCGCAAGAUGUCGCGCCCUGGUCUUCACAACGGCGAUAACUCGGACUCUGAAGAAGAUGACGAGGAUGUUAUCUGGGUCGAGGGUGAGGACGAUGCUGCGCGCACACCUGGUCGAAGGCGAGGUCUUGACACCGAGUUUGACGAUUCAGACGACGAUGUUCCCAUCACCAACGGCUUUGUUGGCGACUCUGACGAUGAGGAGGAUUCAGCUGGUGAGGAGGACGAUAGCGAUGCCGAGGAGUCUUUGGACGAGGAUGAGGUCAACCAUGACGAUGUGGAUGAGUCUAUGGGUGAGGACGAGGAAAGUGAUGUUGAAGCUGCACCACCAUCCAAAUUGCAAAAGACUGCGGGUAGCUUCGGCAAGCGGAGGUGAAGCAGAGGAAUUCAAAAGCAUGUAGAAGAUUGAAAAGGGGGAGGGAAGCUUGUUAUCAUCCUGGCGUUGGUCUUGUAGACAUUGGGUUGCUUAAUUUUUCUGUAUGUCUGUUUCUUGCAAUAUGACGAGUUGAUACCUCCCCAUGCAUUGCAUCACUGUCGAGCGUUUGGACUUGGGUAGUUUGGUCAUAUCAUCGUGUUCAUGCUCCUAGUCUAAAACUACAUGCCACCGGAUUGAAGAAGCAAUCCCAGGAAAAAAAAACAUAUUAAAACGAUUAGAUUGUCAAAAAAUAGCUGUGCCC